GGCAAUGAAAGCCAAUCACCGGGGAAAUAUGUCCCACUGAUGACCAUAGCGAGGUUUGGAACGCUAUAACGGCGUGUCCGGUUAGGGAUCUCGGUGUGGGAGACAAGAGAUCAUGGCGAAACAUCACCCGGAUCUCAUUUUCUGCAGGAAGCAGGCAGGAGUGGCCAUUGGUAGACUAUGUGAAAAAUGUGACGGGAAGUGUGUAAUUUGUGACUCCUACGUGCGCCCCUGUACUCUGGUGCGGAUCUGCGAUGAGUGCAACUAUGGGUCUUACCAGGGACGUUGUGUGAUCUGUGGGGGCCCAGGAGUAUCCGAUGCUUACUACUGCAAGGAGUGCACCAUUCAAGAGAAAGAUAGAGACGGUUGCCCCAAAAUUGUAAAUUUGGGUAGUUCCAAAACAGAUCUUUUCUAUGAGAGAAAGAAGUAUGGAUUUAAGAAGAGGUAGUCUAUGCUCUGGAUCCUGGGAGGAUAACAAAGUAGUAUUUGUUUUGUUGGAACUGCAUGGAUUUUCUAUGGUUAUUAACAAUGUCAAUAAAGUGUAUGGUUUUUACAACAA